AUGGCAAACCCUUUUUUGCGAUGCAUGGCUGCCAUGCAGCGCGACAUGGCGGAAAUGCGCCGCGCCGUGGCCCUCCUCAAGGGGAUGGCGGCGACGGGGGCUUUGGCGGAGAAGAAUGAGGGGGAGGAGGCGGGAAAAGGGAGUGCAUCGGGGGAGGCAGCGGAGGGCAUUGGCGCGCAGCCGCUCAAAGGCGCCACUCUCGCCCCACUCACCCUACCACUUCGUCGCUACUCUCAGACGCCGUGCGACCUGUUUCCUCCUCAGUCUCGACCUGUGCGCGUACGUGCAAUUCCAUUCCCCCUGCGAUUCCACGAACCCCAUGGCAGGCAGGCAGGCAGUUUUCCAAGGCUCAUCCUUGCUGCGUUUGUCACGUACUUACACUGCCCCUCCGGUUGCAGGGCAAGCUGCUGGUGGCGGGCGGGCACAGAGCAUCGUGCAGGGCAGUCAGGCGCGCACUGCGCUGGGGGGGACACAGGCCGGGCACAAGGGGCUGUCAUGGGGGCGGGGAUAGUGGGACGCACAGCGGCAAGGAGGGGGCAAAUUGGGGGUGAGGGGGGCUGUGGGGCAGAGGCAGUGGCAACUCCAUGGGGAGCUGAGGGGAACGGAGAGUGUGAGAUGGGCGAGGGCAUGUUCGUGUCUGCAUGCGUACCUACCCUGCAAUCUCCUCCUACCGGCACGUGCCCUGCCUGCGUGCUGCACUGUACCCAUGCUGUUAGCGGUUUUGGAGGAGAUGAUAGCUCCAAACCCCACCCACCCGCCCUCCCUGCACCUCUUCUUCCCCUGCCCUCCCAGAUGUUAAUAGCGGCGUUGGAGGAGAUGAUAGCGCGCAACGUGCUGGCCAAUGUUUCUGUGUCGACUCAAAAGCCCACCCUUACACCCCCUUUCGCACCUGCCCUCCCCCCCCAGAUGCUAAUAGCGGUGUUGGAGGAGAUGGUAGCGCGCAACGUGCUGGCCAAUGCCAUUGCCGUGCUGCCAGUCAAGUCGCUCAGCCUCUUCCUGCAGUUCUGCCAAAAGCUGGUACCAAACCCGCGCUACAGCACGUGCCUCAUCCCCAUCCUGCACAUGGUGCUCGACCUUAGAGCGCAGCACAUCCCUGCCACGACCAAACUGCAGCAGGGGUUCUACAUGCUAGCGCAGGUGGUGGGGGCGGAGGCGCAUGCACUGGCAGAGCAGGCGGAGCUGCAGGGCUUUGUGCUGCCGCUGCUUCGCACGCACCACCACUGCUGCAUGGAGGAUGAGGUGGCUCUUCUCUCAUGUGCGGCUUAG